AACCUGCAAUGGAAGAGCCAAUCGGUGCUGCAACGUUGGUUCUCCGCGUACUCUAUACCAAAUCGGGUCGAAGGGCGCGAUAGUUACGAGGAGAUAAGCCAAGAUAACGAAAUGAAGAUCAGAAAGUGUAUCCUCACUGGAUCUCAAGAGACAUGCUUCUUCCCCUAGAUCUGCUAAUUUGUGAUUGAUUGAAAUUGCAUUGGCUCAAUCAGGGCCGUCUUUUUUGGGUUUUCCGUUUCUUCAACCUCUCUAGCCAUGACGGUAGCGGCAGCAUCGCCCAGUGGCACGAUAGUAGGAGCGCUAGCUUGUCAGAAGAACUCAUAUCUCAAGACUUUGGAGACGCAAAUCAUUUCCUGUGUCAAGCAAGAGGAGCAGCAGCAGCAAAAUGGAAACUUGAAGAGCGGCAAGAAAGCCAAGGCGGCCGCCAAAGAGGCGGCACCGCCUCAAGAGAUAUGGCUGGUUGAAUUUGCCGAUUCAGUAUUGUUUCCUGAGGACCCUAUCCCGAUAGGUUUUGUCCAGCGCCAGGGCCUCCGCUGCGUCGCGCACUCCCCGCAACCUGUCUCCCCUGGCACACAUGUCCGUCAGGUCGUCAAUUGGCCGCGCCGCUGGUAUCAUAUGCAGCAGCAUACCGGCCAGCAUCUCCUCUCAGCUAUCAUGGACACGUAUGACAACCUCGAGACGCUGGGGUGGGGUAUGGGUCGCGAGGGUGAGAUGAACUAUGUCGACUUGCCGCGGAAACCUACGCCAGAGGAGAUAAAGACGAUCCAGGACCGGUGUAACGAGGCCGUGAGGGAAAACUCCUUUAUCAAAGUUGAAACACCUGAAGAGGUGAAGCAUGAUAAAUUGCCCGAUGAUUAUGAUGCGAGUCAGGGUGUAAUUCGUGUAAUUAACAUCGAAGGAAUUGAUCGUAAUCCGUGCUGCGGAACACAUUUAUCACAAACAUCGCAUAUUUCUCUCAUCUUGCUACACUCGACACAGUCUGUUCAUGGUAAAAAUUGCCGAUUGUUUUUUUCGGCAGGAGACCAGGCGGUAAGGUUUGCAACGAGCGCUGUUUCCUCGGUCAGCUCUGUGGCCAGACUUUUGGGCUGUGCAAAUGACGCUGGGGAAGUCCUGUCAGAAGCGACGAAGACGAGCCAGUCACUUGCAGAGCUCAAGAAAAAGGAGAAGAAGUAUCUUUCUGAGAUUGCCAAGUACGAAGGUGAUCGCGUUAGGGGCUUGCUGCAAAGCGGCAAAAGCGCCUGGGUUUAUCGCGCGGAUGGCGGACUGGAUUUCUUGAACAAGGUGAUUGCAGAGGUCAAGGAUGUUGCGAGUCAGGGCGUUCUUGUUCUAGCGUCGGGAGAGGAGAAGACGGCUGGACCGGUUGUCGUAAUUGGGGAAAAGACCAAGGUUGACGAGACAGUUGGAAAGAUAAAAGAGGCCGUCAAGGAGAUUAAGGGUGGUGGUGGAGGGAAUAAAUGGCAAGGAAAGGUGGUGAGUUGGCGAGCAGGCGAGUUGGAGGCACUGAAAGAGUUGGUAGAGUCUUAA